ACUUUACCGGGAGGAGGAGGAGGAGGAGGAGGAGGAGGAGGAGGAGGAGGAAGGAAGGGAGGGCUUUAUGGAGCAGAAAACCGACAAAGCGAGAAAAAUUAUCCCCCACUCCAGAAAUUAAUGAUCAUGAGCUCUUAUUUGAUGGACUCGGGUUACAUCGAUCCCAAAUUCCCUCCGUGCGAGGAAUUCUCGCAGCACAAUUUCAUCCCGGAGCUCUGCGAGCGGCCCGGGCCCUUCCCGCAGCUCCCGAGCCCGCCCGAGCUCGGGGAGGAGCGGCCGCGAUUCCCGGAGCGCUCCCGGGGACCGCGAGGAGGAGGAGGAGGAGGAGGAGGAGGAGGAGGAGGAGGAGGAGGAGGAGGAAGGCAGCACCCCCAGGCUCCCUGCGCGGAACCAGCAGCGCUCCGAGCUCCCGUGGUUUAUCCCUGGAUGAAGAAAAUUCACGUCAGCGCCGUGAACCCCAAUUUCCCGGGGGGCGAAGCCAAGCGCUCCCGCACGGCGUACACGAGGCAGCAGGUGCUGGAGCUGGAGAAGGAAUUCCACUUCAACCGCUACCUGAGCCGCAGGAGGAGGAUCGAGAUCGCCAACAGCCUGUGCCUGAGCGAGCGCCAGAUCAAAACCCGGGAGCGCUUCCAGCCGGGAAUCGCGGCCAUAAAUCCCGGGAUUCCCGGGGCUUCGGCGCCUCGGAGGUCCCCGCGCAUGGGUCAUGACCCCAAAGCUCAAAAAAUCCGCGGGAUUCCGCCCCAAAACGGUGCUGGGAGGGCAGGGAAUCCGCUGCGGGAGUUGGGAGGGGUGGCGGAUCCCAACCCCGCAGAUCCCAAAUCUGGGAUCCCAACCCGCGAUCCCAACCCCCGCAGCAAAGCCCCGGCUCCAGGGACCCUCUGGGGGGGCGCGGGGCAGUUCUGGGAGCGCGGUUCCCGCCCGCUCAGCGGCACCACCGGACAGAGACUGGGACUGAACUGGGACUGA